AUGUCAACAGCUCCGUCGGCAAAUAUGCCUUCUCCUCCUCCAUCACAGAAUGGACGGCCAAAAUAUGACCAAUUCAUGAUUUUCGGGGAUUCAAUAACCCAGUUCUCGUAUGAUCAGCGGCUAGGCUUUGGGUUUGGUGCUGCUCUAGAGAGUGACUAUGCUAGACGUCUCGAUGUAGUCAAUCGAGGAUUUAGUGGGUAUACGACCGCAAAUGCCAGAGUUCUGUUUCCACAGAUAUGGCCUACAUUACAGGAAGGUCGAGUCCGGUUAAUGACAAUAUUCUUCGGCGCAAACGACGCCGUGUUGCCACCGCAUGCGCAGCAAGUUCCACUUGACCAGUACAAGGAGAACCUCAAAUUCCUCAUACAGCACCCAUCAGUCAAGGAGCACGGCACUAAAAUCAUUAUUCUGACCCCUCCACCAAUCAAUGAGUACCAAUUACAGUACUUUGACGCAGAAAAGGGCUUUGAUACCCCCAGUCGAACAGCUGCCAACACCAAGCUGUACGCUGAUGCGUGUCGUGACGUUGCCCAGUCGCUUGGAGUGCCCGUGGCUGAUAUUUGGAUGGCGAUUAUGAAGUCGACUGGGUGGGAGACUGGGCAGCCGCUGACUGGUUCCAAGGAGGUCCCUGCAAACCAACAGCUGGCGAGUAUGCUGACUGAUGGUCUGCAUUUCACCGGUAAUGGGUAUAAAGUCAUGUAUGAAGAAGUCAUGAAGACGAUACGGGCUACCUGGCCUGAAGAAGCUCCGGAGAAACUGCCAGAGGUUUUUCCACCCUGGAACAUUGCUCCGAAAUGA